AUGUCGAACCCUCGCAGGAGACCAGCGGGUGGCCUGACCCUCAAGACCAACGUGCUUCUACAAAAGGGUGCUACCUUCCACUCUCCCAACUCUCCCGCCUCUGGGGACUCUUCCGAGCGGGUCUUCGUCCCGCCGUCGCUCCCUCGCCGCUCUCACACCAACUUGGACGAUGUUAUCGACUCCCGCUGCCGCCGUGUUGCCCUAACUUUGGACGCCAUCACGAGACAGUUGGCCUCUUCGAACGACACCUUUGUCUCGGCUAAGCAAAGUGGCGAAUGCAUUCCUCCGCCUCGUGGGCUCCUUCAAAGAAACCUGGAUUCACCCAUCAUGCCCCAGGAGGCCGAGAACGAGCGCCGGAUGCUCCGUCCACGCACACGCCGCUCAUCUCGGCACCACGAUUCCGACAGCGGUCUUGGAAGCUCGAUUGCUUCUACUUCCGAGAAGGAUGCCUCUUGCAAGGCCAAGACCACCAGGACUUCGGCUGUCACCAGGUCCGCUGCCGCUCGCUCAGCAUCGGCACUCAAUCUUCCCGGCCUUAGUGACCGUGCUACCAACCGCAUCGUCGAAUACGUCUUAAAGCCUCUACUUGCAAAGCCGGCUCUGAAGGAGUUCCACUCGCUCGUGCUCGAGUGCCCCAAGAAGAUUCAGGAUAAGGAGAUUUUGUGCCUAAGAGAUCUUGAGAAGACUUUGAUUCUUGUGGCUCCGGUAAGCGAAACUGUUGAUCCACUGGACGUUAGGAUGACUACUUACCGUGCGCUACUUUUAAAGGAGAGGACCAAAGCUGCAGGCUCAUACCUCGAUUUCUGUCUCACGACAAUCGACUGCCUCCAGGCUACCGUCCAGCACCUUGGCGACCGCGAACUGACUCGCCCUCGCGAUCUCCCCUACACCAAUGGAUAUUUUGUUGAUCUCGUCGACCAAUUCUACAACUAUGCUCGUCAGAUUGCGGAAAGCAACAAGACCAAGGAUGGCGCCAAUGGCAUGGAGGUUGAUCCGUACGACUCUCUCUUCUCUUGCAACUGUGUGGCUUGCGCUGACAUUUACUUUAGCACUGAUCAAAUCAAGAUUCACGGUGGCCCUCACAUCAACGGCAGGCUUUCGGAACUGGUUCGCGUGAAGAAGAACGGACAGGCCAUCUCCCUGGCCACUGGAUUGCCCGUGGACCUUUGUGAGAAGGCACCGGAAAGCCCGGUCAACUUCAAGCGCUCCCAAAGUGAGGAGGCUCUCGAUGAAGAGGAGGUUAUGCGUUCCAUGGCUCGCCGGAAGAAGAACGCCAGCCCUGAGGAGCUGGCGCCGAAGAGGUGCCGCGAGCCUGGUUGCAACAAGGAGUUCAAGCGUCCUUGCGAUCUGACCAAGCACGAGAAGACACAUUCGAGACCAUGGAAGUGCCCGGUCAAGACAUGCAAGUACCAUGAGUACGGCUGGCCAACCGAGAAGGAAAUGGAUCGUCACCACAACGACAAGCACUCCUCGGCCCCACCUAUGUAUGAGUGUCUCUUCAAGCCUUGCCCUUACAAGUCCAAGCGCGAGUCCAACUGCAAACAGCACAUGGAAAAGGCCCAUGGCUGGACGUACGUUAGGACCAAAACCAAUGGUAAAAAACCCAGCACUCUUCCCAGCUUGGGGCCCGAUUCCGGCCAUCCCACUCCUCAGCUCCAGAACAUUGGUACCCCUUCGAGCGACCGCAGUAUGAGCAUCGCCACUCCCUCUGAUGAUUGGAACGCUGGGCUGUACCAGACCAGCAUUGAGUUCCCUUCAUAUGCUCCGGAGUUCAACUUCAACACCAUCCCACAGCAGCUUGAGCUUGACUAUUCACCCAUUGACAAUGGUACUCCAUUAACGGAUGCUGGCAUGGACCACAAUUCCGCUUAUCAAGACCUCAACGAGUUCACGCUCAUUGAUGACAUCUACGGCGCGACUAUGCAACUGCCCAACCAAGUCAUCUCUCCCUUCUAUCCCAAAGACAUGGGACAGCAUCUCGGCGCGUACACCGCACCUGAGCUUUGCCAGUCGCAUCCUGCCCAUAUUUCUCCUAUUGGACAAGGAAACACGAUGCUCUUCACGCCCCCUACCUCAUUGGGCGAGAUUGAUGAGGGCUUUGAUGAUCAAGAUUUCUCCAUGGGUAACUGCAAUAAUGUCCCUGGCGACUUCAUCUUGUAUCCUCCCACCACCGGCGCCUACUCAAAACCCACAUUCACUGAAUCGCUCUUCGCGAACGUGGACAUCCCGAGCUUGGCUGCUGGCUAUUCUCAGCCAUCGUCUCAGGACAUCUUGCACGCUUAUCAAGGUGACUGGACUUCGCACGACAUGAAUGGCUAUUUCUAG